GCGGGGCUAGGACCCUUUUUGAUCAUUUCCCGUGUAUAUUUGACACGAUUUUUCAUGACACGCUUGCCGCUAGUGUUCCGCCUAGCAUCCCAAAAACCAGGGUGGCCGAAGAUAGCCCUUGACGAGUCUUUCUAGGCCUCGAAGGCGUGGUGGAAGUACCGUCGGUCGUCGGUCGAAGGGGGACUGGUCGUUCAAGGGGAGACCGACGGGGGGGAUAUGUGGCGGUUGAUUAAGGAUCCAUCGCGUAAAAAAAUUGUUGAGUACGGUAAAAACGAGGGGUUGGCUUCGGUUUGCCUCGGUUUGCCCAACAACUGACGACCAGCGGGGUAGUUGCACCACGCCGAUAUUGCGGCAAUAGACAGGGGCUACUUCUCGUUUCUUCGAUUGAUCCCAUUUCUUCACAAGGGGGUGUUGUCAGUAGUAUACUACAGUACUAAGAACGCAUUCUGCUGGUUCGACACAGUUCUUAUAGUGGUCGAGCGUUAUUGGUACUACCACUACUACAUUUGACGCCAUGGCGUCGCGGGGGCUUGUGUGCCUCGUAGUCGGCCUCCUCCUAGUGUCGCGUCAGCUCGACCUCGUCGCAGCUACUACUGCUACUACCACUAAACUCGAUCAAGGUGCUACUGCUAUCGGUAUGAAUCCGGGUGACAGUGCAGCCAUGUUGGCCCUCAAGUCGUCUCUGGGCGUCACUUUCACCAGCUGGGCGGAUGGUGUGUCCUGCCAGGUGAAGGGCGAGAGCAGCAGCACGCUCCCCACAUGGGCCAAGGUGCUCUGCGAUGCCACCGGCAGCAUUGUCAGCAUUGAGCUGAAGAACGACGGGCUGUCAGGAUCCAUCCAUGCCGACAUCUCCAAGCUCACGGCCCUCACCCUCCUCGCCCUGCAGCAGCAGCUGUUCCAGGCAGACGUCAGCCACUUCGCCUCCAACCUCUUCCCCCUCACUGGGAUCAAAGAGAUCCAUUUGCCGAACAACUGGCUCUACGGCUCCCUGCCGUCCAACCUGCUCAACCUCGACAGCCUCACAUUCCUUGGCGUGGCCUACAACUACCUCACAGGGAGCCUGCCUGUAGCAUCGAGCCAGCUGUCCUCCAUGGAUCUGCGAGCCAACUUCUUCUACGACAUGCCGACCCUCUCCCUCACGUGGUGCGACGGCCACACCAACUGCUUCACCUCCCCGUCCAAGUGCGGCAUGGGCGGCACCACGCAGCGCCCCGCCGCUGAGUGCGCCAUCUGCGGCAGCACCAACGGGCAGCCGCCUUUCUGCGGCGGCGCAGAGACAUGCGCGCCUGACUCCUCUGGUGUAGCGGCGCAAGGGAUGCCCAAUCUGCCGGCCUCCCCCUCCCUUGUGAUGGCGUGCUCUGGAGUUGCCAUGGAUGCUUCUGAUGCUGCAGUGCUGUUGGCGCUCAAGGCGUCGCUGGGCGUGACGCUCACCAGCUGGAACCCCGCAGCGCUCUGCACAUUGGAGGGGAAGACCCUGCUGCCCGCGCAGUGGGGCGGCAUUCAGUGCACUGCUGCGGGCAAAGUGACGAGCGUUGCUCUGACUCGUCAGGGACUGAAAGGCUCCCUUCACCAGGACGUCUCCAAGCUCACCACGCUCACAUACCUCGACCUCGGGUACAACCUCUUGCAGGGCCGCCUGGACGUCUUUGCUGCACCGCUGAAUUUCGCGACCACUCUCAAGGCGCUCUUCUUCCACUACAACUUCUUCUCAGGGCCCAUUCCUUCUGGCUUCGCCUCGCUGCCUCUCCUCACCUCACUCGGCCUCUUCUCCAACUACCUCACAGGCACGGUGCCCAUCCCCUCCAAGUCCCUGCGCGUGUUGGACCUGGGCUUUAACUUCCUCUCAGGCACCUUCCCCAAGCUGCCGCUUGUGUUCUGUGCGGGCGACAACAACUGCUUCCUCAACGCCUCCGGCUGCCGCACCUACGGCACCGUCCAGCGCCUCGCCUCGGCUGCCUGCGCCAUGUGCGGCUCUGACAACGGGCAGGGCGAGCUGUGCCCGGGCGGCACCUGUGCUCCCCUCGCUGAUGCUGCUGUCAGCGCGGCCACUGUCAACUCGCCCAAUGCGCCCGUGCUGCCCAUGGCGUGCAAAGAGUAUGCUGCUGGCGCAAUGGAGGCAGUAUCAGCCGUGGCUCUGCUAAACAUCAAGUCAGCGCUGGGAGUGACGCAUACAAGCUGGAACUCCGCAUCCGUCUGCUCCUUUGCCGAUUCGACCACUGCUGUCAAUGACGCCUGGGCCGGUGUGCACUGCUCCCCUAGUGGCGAGGUCGUCAGCCUCAACCUCUCGGCCUCCGCAUUGAGUGGCAGGAUGCAUGCCGACAUCUCCAAGCUCACUGCUCUCACCUCGCUAGAUCUCCGCACCAACCUGCUGGAGGGUCGACUUGAUGCCUUCGUUGCCAACUUCAGCGCUCUCACCUCGCUCAAGCAAGCCUUCUUCGGUUUCAACUGGUUCACAGGACCCAUCCCUUCCGCCCUUGUCACCCUCGCCUCACUCACCUCACUCGGAGUGAGCCACAACUACCUGUAUGGCGCCAUGCCCACCCCCGGCGCCGCCCUCAAGUCCAUCCGCGUGCAGGGCAACUGGCUAUCCGGCACCUUCCCUGGCACUGGCAACCUUUCGUGCUCCGUUACAACCAACUGCCUCACAAGUGCGGGAGCCUGCAACACCACCGGCAGCACCCAGCAGCGCCCAGCAGGCUCAUGCUCAGUCUGCGACUCCCCAGAUGCGAGGGCUGCUGCCGCUGCUUCUGCUGCUUCCACUUCUCCCGGUGAUUCCAUCCUUAUCUGUGGCGGCGGCACCUGCGCCCCCAACACCACCGAGCCGCUCGCCUCAGCCACGCCCAACAGUGCUUCUGCCGCCGUGCUCCCGCAGUUCUGUGUGGGCGUGGGGCUGGACGCCGCGCAGGGCAACGUCUUACUGUCCCUCAAGUCCGCCCUGGGAGUCACCUUCACUGACUGGUCUGCCGCAACCCUCCCUGCCUCCACGGCAAUGGCAUCGACAGGGGACACGGCGAGCACGGGGGACACGGCGAGCACGGGGGGGGUGUUGUUUGACUGGAGUGUGGCGGGGUCGUGCACCCUCGAGGGCCAGACGCCCAUCCCUGGCUCCUGGACCGGCGUGCGCUGCUCUCCCGCCGGCCACAUUGUCUCCCUGGACCUUCGGAGUUGCCAGUUGAGCGGCAGUCUGCCCUCAGACAUCAGCAACCUCUCUACUCUCACUGCUCUCCACCUGGCGUCCAACCUCUUCUUCGAGCGCCUGGCCUCAUUUGUGGCGCCCCUCACGCCCCUUGCCAGCCUCAACGAGCUGAACAUCAACUUCAACUGGUUCUAUGGCUCUGUGCCGUUCACACUCAUGAACAUGCCAGCCCUGUCCGCCCUCGGAAUCAGUUACAACUACCUCACCGGCGUGCUGCCCAAGCCAGGCGCCACAGUGAGGGCGCUCGACACAGAGUUCAACUUCCUCUCGGGCGAGUUCCCCACAGCCACCCUCUCCUCCUGCACGUGCCGCAUGAACUGCUUCCUCAACACCUCCGCCUGCAUCCUCAAGACCAGCUCUGCUGACGAAUCCACCCAGCGAGGUGAUGGCUGCAACAUCUGUGGCUCACCCACGGGCCAGUUGCCCCUGUGUAGUGACGGCAGUGCCUGCUCUCCCGACCCCUCUGCCUACGUGGCUUCCGGAGUGCCUAAUAACGCCUCGGCUCCCACACUCACCCUUGACUGCACUCCUUCGCUGCCGACAGUCAACAUGCUCAAUUUUCCUUAGUCGUCUGGAGGCCCUGAGCCCUGAUGCUUCAGCCUUUUAGCAGGGGUGUGCCCCAAAUUUGGUAAUAACGGGCAGGCCCUUGAUGUGCCUUGACCUAAACCUGCCUGAUCGUCACAAAGAUUUUCUGUAUUGCGCUAUCUUUCAUGCUCAGGGGCAUGGGCUUUAGAUGAUGGUCGUUAUUUAUGGUUUUGAAUGUGUGUGACCACGAUUUUUGUGCGACAUCUUAGAGUAGCAAAAUGACUAGAAAAGAGG